UUAAAAAUCCCCAGAAAUUCAGUCUGAUACACGAAGCUCCAAAAUAUUCUGUUAGGAUUCACCACGAAAAAUCUGCUUUGUUGAAUCCGAAUCCCUAAACCAAUCGAUUGGAAAAGAGUCGAGCUAACUUCAACGAGUUCAAACCCAUUUUUCACAAAAAAGGGGGGAUUUGACAAUUAUCCAAAAUAGGAGGGUGUUUGUCUUCCGGCGGGAAACCGCCGGCGCCGCGGCCGCCGGUGCCGCAGGCGUCCGUCCGUAGGCUUCCGAUACCAGAUACCACAGACGGCGGCUCGGAAAACGCUAAGAUGAAGAGUCUGUUCAAGUCUAAGCCGAGGACUCCGGUCGAUUUGGUGCGGCAGACUCGCGAUCUACUCAUCUUCGCGGAUCUCGGCGCUCCUGAUACUAAGGAGAGCAAGCGAGACGAGAAGAUGGUGGAAUUGAGCAAACUAAUGAGAGAAUUGAAGCAAGUUCUUUAUGGGGACAGUGAAUCUGAGCCAGUGGCAGAAGCCUGUGCCCAGUUGACUCAGGAGUUUUUCAGAGAGGACACUCUUCGCAUCCUAAUUACAUGUCUGCCGAAGUUGAAUUUAGAGACCCGCAAAGAUGCUACUCAGGUUGUUGCAAAUCUGCAGAGGCAACAGGUUCAGUCAAAGUUGAUUGCGUGUGAUUACUUGGAAAAGAACAUAGAUCUCAUGGAUGUCUUAAUAGCAGGGUAUGAGAACACUGAGCUGGCUUUACACUAUGGUGCAAUGUUGAGGGAAUGCAUACGCCAUCAAAUUGUUGCAAAGUAUGUUUUGGAAUCGGAGCAUAUGAAGAAAUUUUUCGAUUUUAUCCAACUUCCAAAUUUCGACAUUGCCUCAGAUGCUGCUGCUACUUUCAAGGAAUUAUUGACUAGGCACAAGUCAACAGUAGCCGAAUUCCUUUCUAAAAACUAUGACUGGUUCUUUGCUGAGUACAACUCGAAGCUGCUAGAAUCUACUAACUACAUCACUAGGAGGCAGGCUAUCAAGCUCUUGGGUGAUAUCUUGCUGGAUCGUUCGAAUUCGGCUGUAAUGACACGAUAUGUUAGCUCAAGGGACAACUUGAGGAUCCUCAUGAAUCUUCUCAGGGAGACGAGCAAGAGCAUACAGAUUGAAGCGUUCCAUGUUUUCAAGCUAUUUGCAGCUAAUCAGAACAAACCUCCGGAUAUUGUUAGUAUUCUCAUCACCAACCGAAGCAAGCUCCUCCGCCUCUUUGCUGAUUUCAAGCCCGACAAAGAGGAUGAGCAGUUCGAGGCUGAUAAAGCGCAAGUUGUCAAAGAAAUUGCUGCCCUCGAGCCUAAAGAGCGGCCAUGAAUUCAGCUCUUGUGAAGUGUAUCAGCUGUCUUGUGACAUUUCAUUUCUCUCUGCUAUAUAUAAUUGUGAAUUAAUACAAAUCAGAUCUCAAUGUUGUGAGAUACUAAGAAGUCGAUCUGCAAAGUGCUUCCUGUGUUGCAUCUUUGGUAAUAAAUAUUUUUUACAUGUUGUAAUUACAUGUGGUAUCAUUUUUAAACAAGAAAUUAUUGGAAUAAUUCUUUAUUCGUUCUUCA